ACGAGAUAAUCGCACUUGUUCACCCCACGGGUUACCUGCGACUGUGACAGCCUCGCAAUGACAAGAGGGCCCAGUGGAAGGGGGGCAAGUGACGGGAGUUUGGAUGAUACCCCUGUAGCCGGCAGCUUGUGAAAGUUCCCGGGGGUUGUACCGCGAUAGUUUUGUUGUUUUUUCCCCCCCUGAUGCUUUCCGUGCUUCUGGAGUUCCGUUGGACUUACCUGUAACACGACCGGAGAACGAGCGCUACGCGUAGGUUAAUCAACAGCUCUGCAGAUCGGUGCAUGAGACCCGGAGCGCAGCCGCAAUGAGUCGGAGAACACGACGCUGGAUUCUAAGAGUUUUACUUUGUCUGGGAAUUGUUUAUUUGAAAAUUGGUGGCUUCACGUCCGUGGUGGCCCUAGGUGCGAGCAUAAUCUGUAACAAGAUCCCCGGUUUGGCUCCCAGACAACGGAUUAUCUGCCAGAGUCGCCCCGAUGCCAUUAUCGUCAUCGGAGAGGGAGCCCAAAUGGGCAUCAACGAGUGUCAGUUUCAGUUCAAAAACGGGCGCUGGAACUGCUCUGCGCUUGGAGAGAGGACAGUCUUCGGAAAAGAGUUGAAAGUGGGAAGCAAAGAGGCUGCGUUCACCUACGCCAUCAUCGCAGCAGGAGUGGCCCACGCCAUCACUGCGGCCUGCACACAGGGUAACCUGAGUGACUGCAGCUGUGACAAGGAGAAGCAGGGUUUCUACAGCAAAGACCAGGGCUGGAAGUGGGGAGGCUGCUCGGCGGACAUCAGCUACGGCCUCGGCUUCUCCAAAGUGUUUAUCGAUGCUCGGGAGGUCAAACAGAACGCAAGGACGCUCAUGAACCUCCACAAUAAUGAGGUUGGACGCAAGGUCCUGGAGAAGAACAUGCGACUGGAAUGCAAGUGUCAUGGUGUCUCAGGCUCCUGCACCACCAAAACCUGCUGGACUACACUUCCCAAGUUCCGCGAGCUUGGCUACAUUCUCAAGGAGAAGUAUGCCCACGCCGUGCACGUGGAGACGGUGAAAGCCAGCCGCAACAAGCGCCCUAAAUUCCUGAAGAUCAAGAAGCCUUACUCUUACCGGAAGCCCAUGGAUUCAGACCUGGUGUACAUAGACAGGUCGCCCAACUACUGUGAGGCGGACCCCGUCACGGGGAGCCUGGGCACGCAGGGCCGGGUGUGCAACAAGACUAUGAUGCAGCACAUCAGCGGCUGCGACCUCAUGUGCUGCGGGCGGGGAUACAACACACACCAGUACUCGCGCGUGUGGCAGUGCAACUGCAAGUUCCUGUGGUGCUGCUACGUCAAGUGCAACACCUGCAGCGAGAGGACAGAGGUGUACACGUGCAAAUGAGAAUAUUUAUCGGAAAGGUGUGUCUGUGGGUGUUGUGUGUGUGCGUGUGUGUGUUUGGGAGCGUGCGUGUGCAUGUCUUUGUGAUGUCACGGACAAACUGGAACUGUCGAACUUAACGAGGAGGCUGUGAUCGCAGCCUGUUCGUACGUCACGAGGAACUACUGCACCGUGCAGGCAGUAAGCGGAGGAAGGGGGGCGUCGCGAUUCUUUUGCACACAAAGCUCUUCACCCCUCUUCUUGG